AUUCUUCUAGGUGGGAAUGUAAUCAUUUGUGGAGAUGGAUCGUGUUCGAAAAAUCCUUUUGAUUUGAUGUGCUUUUGUGUUGCGGUCGGCCAUUUCUACGGUUUUCUUCGUGCAUUUGGAUCUUUCUAGGGUUUCUGGUUGUUUUUUCUUGGAUUCUUCUUUCGGGAAGGGUUUCUCUCGGCGAAAAUUGGCUGUGUUGAGGAAAGGUGAAAAAUAGGUUGGGAAAUUCGGAAUUGGUGAAGUGAUUCUAGCGUUCAAAUACAGGAAAGGAGUGGCCUUUACUGUUAUUUGUUAUAGAUGUUCUGGUGAGAAAGAUUUGACAAUGGGAGAUCAUCUGGUGUUGAAUGUUGACCCUCUCGUGAAGCUUGAGACCGUUGAAUCUCAGGCAGGGAAGGCUUCAGAAUCUUCUGGAGAAGCUGUGCAUGGUUCACUUCCAUCUGUUGCUUCCUCUUCGGUGGUAGCUUCUGUUGGUGAUGAGGGGAAGGAGUACUCGGGUGCUGAGGAAGAGGAGCCACUCAUUCAGACGGUGGAGUGUCGCAUUUGCCAGGAGGAGGACCAUGUUAAAAACCUGGAGAUACCGUGUGCAUGCAGUGGAAGUCUGAAGUAUGCUCAUAGAACAUGUGUACAGCGCUGGUGCAAUGAGAAAGGAGAUAUAACUUGUGAGAUUUGUCAUGAGCAAUACAAGUCUGGGUACACUGCACCUCCCCGAGCAAACCCAGAUGAGACCACCAUUGACAUCAGUGGAGGUUGGACUAUUACAGGCACCCCGUUGGAUCUGCGUGAUCCUCGGCUCCUUGCUGUGGCUGCAGCGCAACGCCGUUUUCUUGAAGCUGAGUAUGAUGAAUUUGCUGCUACAAAUGCCAGUGGUGCUGCAUUUUGCCGCUCUGCUGCUCUGAUUUUAAUGGCUCUUCUGCUGUUGAGGCAUGCACUCACCUUCACCAAUGGUGAUGGAGAUGAUGAUGCUUCCACAGUGUUUUCUCAGCUUUUCGUGCUGCGUGCUGCUGGGUUUUUGUUGCCAUGCUAUAUCAUGGCAUGGGCUGUAAGUAUUCUGCAGCGUCGAAGGCAGAGACAGGAGGCUGCUGCUUUGGCAGCAACUGAAGUGGCAUUCAUUCUUCAGUCUGGUGAGGGGAGGGGCCUGCAUUUUACCAUAGCACCUGAGUCACCCACAACUCCACAACAAGAGCCACAUGAGUAGAGGUCUUCCAGUAAAUCAUGCAAUACAUAUCAUGUUAUUUAUAUGAAAAAUUAUCAGGAACCAGUCUAUGGCUGUGAACUAUUAAACUGGCACCGGUGAUAAGUGGAUAUUUGAAAAUCUUAGAAAUUUCCCGUGAAAUUUGGUUUCUGUUUUGAUGCAUUCAGUUAGCUUUCCAUGUGAUAUUCGUAUCAGCGAACAAUUGUAAGGAAUGUUUAACCUCAAAGACUCAAGCUGCAUAGAACAAUGGGUGCAUGUUUGGUA